CGCGUUCCGUCCUCUUUAAAACACGUUUCAAGUUUUAUAGAAAAUACAUUGUAUUCUUCACUUUAUUUUUUAUAUUUGUAUAGUGUCAUUCGAUGUGUGACAACAACAUUAUAGUCACGGCUGUUUCAGAAAUCAAUGUCACUUUUUUUUUUCAACUUUGCCCCGGAAAUGUUUUGGGAUUUAUUGCAAGCCUUUUUGGGAGUUUUUAUGUUCCUAGUUGUUAGCGUAUGCCACAUUAGAAUGUCAAUGGCCGAUAAAAUACUUUAAUUCACUGAUCAAUGAAGCCGUUGGUCAGCAAUGGCUGUCGUGUCGUGGAUGGAGAUCUUGCUUUUGACUGGACUGGUGGUGGGUUGCUACUGGAACAGCCUGUCCUGCGGCUUUGUGUUCGAUGAUGUCUCAGCCAUCCUGGACAACAAGGACCUUCGGCCUGCCACCCCUCUCCGCAACCUCUUCCUCAAUGACUUCUGGGGCACGCCCAUGGUUGAGGAGCGGAGCCACAAAUCCUACCGGCCCCUGACAGUGCUCACCUUCCGUCUGAACUAUCUCUUCAGUGAGCUGAGUUCUGCAUCCUACCACCUGCUCAACGUAGGGCUGCAUUCUGUGGUGUGUGUGCUUUUCCUGAGGUUCUGCCGUCUGUUCUUGGACAAGACCUCCAGCCUGGUUGCGGCCCUGCUGUUCGCUGUCCACCCCAUCCACACAGAGGCCGUGACGGGUGUCGUAGGAAGAGCGGAGCUCCUGUCCUCCAUCUUCCUCCUGGCGGCGUUCCUGGCCUACACCAGAUCUAAUGGAGCUGACCAAUCCAUCGUGUGGACUCCCAUUGCUGUGACUGUUGUUCUGGUGGCUGCAGCCACUUUAUGCAAGGAGCAAGGCAUCACAGUCAUCGCCAUCUGCUGUGUCCACGAGGUGUUUGUUGCACAAGGGUUCACACUGCCCAUGCUGUUGGAUACACUCCUCCAGGUGCUGAGGGGUAAAGAUGGUUUCCCCUAUGCUGUCCUGCAGACGCUCCUCAAGCUCAUCGUCCUCAUCAUCAGCACCUUGCUGCUGGUCAUCAUCAGGGUCCAGGUCAUCCAAUCACAGCUUCCUGUUUUUACCAGGUUUGACAACCCCGCAGCUGUCAGCCCGACUCCGGCCCGGCAGCUGACCUUCAACUACCUGCUGCCAUUGAAUGCCUGGCUCCUUCUGAACCCCUCGGAGCUCUGCUGUGAUUGGACCAUGGGUACCAUUCCUCUGGUGGAAAGCCCUCUAGACCUGAGGAACCUGGCCACCCUGGCCUUCUACAGCCUGCUGGGCCUGCUGGCCUUCCACAGCCUCCGCCACUCACACUCUUCCGCCAAGACCGUCCUCAUGGCCCUGUCUUUGAUUGUUCUCCCCUUCAUCCCAGCCUCCAACCUCUUCUUCCCUGUGGGCUUUGUGGUGGCAGAGAGGGUGCUCUAUGUGCCCAGUAUGGGAUUCUGUGUCCUCGUGGCACAUGGCUUCAGGAUUGUUUCCCAUAAGAGACACUUGAGGAAGAUCUCCUGGCUGAUGAUUGGAGUCCUCCUCGCCACACACGCAGUCAAGACCUUCAACAGAAACUGGGACUGGGAAUCGGAAUAUACACUGUUUACCUCAGCCCUAAAAGUCAACAAGAACAACGCCAAGCUAUGGAAUAAUGUUGGUCAUGCUCUGGAAAAUCAAAACAAUUACGAAAAAGCUCUGCGAUAUUUCCUUCAGGCCACCCGGGUCCAACCAGAUGACAUUGGAGCCCAUAUGAAUGUGGGAAGGACCUACAAGAACCUGAAUAAGUCCAAGGAGGCUGAGGACGCCUACCUGGUUGCCAAAUCCCUCAUGCCACAGAUCAUUCCAGGGAAGAAGUACGCCACCCGUGUGGCGCCCAACCACCUGAACGUGUACAUUAACCUGGCCAACCUGAUCCGUACCAACGACUCACGGCUGGAGGAGGCUGACCAGCUCUACAGACAGGCCAUCAGCAUGAGGCCCGACUUCAAACAAGCCUAUAUCAGCAGAGGGGAGCUGCUGCUGAAGAUGAACAAGCCGUUGGAGGCCAGGGACGCCUACCUGCGGGCCCUGGAGCUGGACAGCACCAACGCUGACCUCUGGUACAACCUUGCUAUCGUCAACAUCGAGAUGAAGGAGCCCUCAGAGGCCCUGAAGAAUUUUAACCAUGCCCUGGAGCUCAACCCACGCCACAAACUGGCACUCUUCAACUCUGCCCUGCUCAUGCAGGAAUCUGGUGAGCCCAGGUUCCGUCCGGAGGCCAAUCGUCGUUUCCUGACCUACGUCCAGGAGGAGCCAGAUGACGCCAACGGCUACUUCAACCUGGGCAUGCUGGCCAUGGACGCCAACGAGAACACUGCGGCCGAGCGCUGGAUGAGGGAGGCCAUCCGCCUACAGACAGGCUUCCGUAGCGCCCUCUUCAAUCUGGCCCUGCUCUACUCGCAGUCCCGACGGGAGCUGGAUGCCCUGCCUGUAUUAGAUGAGCUGCUACGCCACCAUCCAGAGCAUGUUAAAGGUUUGAUUCUCAAGGGGGAUAUCCUGAUGAACCACAAGAAGGACACCCAGGGGGCCAAGGUCUGCUUCCAGAGAAUCCUCAGUAUGGACCCCACCAACGUGCAAGGGAAACACAACCUAUGUGUGGUCUACUUUGAGGAGCGAGACCUGCCGAGAGCGGAGCGGUGCCUGGAGGAAACGCUGGCCCUGGCACCCCAUGAGGAGUAUGUGCGUCGCCACCUGGGCAUCGUGCGCGGUAAGAUGGCCGCCAUGUCCGUGGCAGGGCAGCCGCUGAACCCAGCGUCAGCAGAGGGCGCAGCUACACCAUCCAUGAAGGAGGAAAAGAAGGGGGGAGGAGGAAAGGAAGAGGAGGAAGGGAGGGGAGCCACUGGCAGUGCUGGGGCCGGGAGUAAGAAGAAUGUACGGAAAUCCUCCUCGGCAGAAAGCCUCAGUGGCAACAGCCAGUCAGAGCUUCUUGACGACGGCCAGGCUGAUAAGCAGCAGCGGACUAAGAGCAAAUCCACAAAAGAGAUUAAAGACAUAGAAAAGAAACGGGCGGCCGCCUUGAAGAGACUGGAGGAGAUUGAGCGCAUAUUAAGCGGUGAUUAACCUUAUUUACCGCAGUGCAGGACUACUUUUUGGUAGAGCUAGUUACAGCUCCUGAAUCACAGAUGUGAUGCGUCCCUAUUCCCUAUAUCAGCAGGCAAGGCCCCUUGCACCACUUUUGACCAGGGCCCAUAGGGUAGUAGCCCAUAGUAGUGCACUAUAUAAUAAUUAGGGUGGCAUUUCGGACACAGCCAUAAAGAUGUUUUGGUUUUCAUAAACAAAUGCCCUCAUUUCAUCAUGCAUGCUUUAACUCCUUUGAUUGUUCGUUUGUUUUGUUUAUCAUGUUUACAGGCUGCCCUACCUGCUGCGUUCCCUUACAGGCUGCCCUACCUGCUGCGUUCCCUUACAGGCUGCCCUACCUGCUGUGUCCCUUUUUAUUUUAACACCAUUGCAAAAAUCAAAAAGGGAUUUUUUGUUGUUGCACAAGAAAAGCACAGUUUUUUUUUUUUAUCUUCACUACAGGUGCAAAACCCUAUGUGUUGUUUUUUUUCUGAAUGGCAUUUUAUCGUAUGCUAAUUAUUUAUGCUUGUUUGAUUUGCUACGUUUACUAGCCUACUUGUUGAUCACUGGAUUUUAUUAGAUUUUUGUGUAACUCACUCACUUUUUUUUUUAAAGGAAUGAUUGCAUCACAAACAAUUAAAGGAAAUGACAUAAAGAACACCUCA